ACCACUCUUUAUUAUUGCCUUCUCCGCCUACUUCCUGGUGCUGCAAUGGGUUCACCCCGGCCCAGUCGGCAAUAAACUCUGCCUAUGGACGCUUAUGGCCAUACUCGGUGUCUGGUGGACCGACCUGCAGAUCGACAGGGUAAAGCCCGGGUCGCUGGCGCAACAGCCGCUCUGGCGCCUGCCGCACCCCGGCUGCAUCAUGGUCGUGUCUGCCACUCAUCUUAUCGAUGCUAUCUUCCUUGCCGCAGUCUUCGACCCAAUCUUCACAGUUCUACACCCGAGGUCGCGGCUUGUGCGGGAGCUGUCCCUACUUCAGGCUAUCUUCCGCAUAGGAACGAACGAGACCUCACCGCCAAGCCACGCCAAUCUCACCGACCUGAAAACCGUGCUUGAGAGACAUCCAGACCGAAUCAUUGCAGUGCUAGCAGACUACAGCGCGACGAAUGGUACCGGUACAGUACCUAGCACGCUAAAUCUUAGCGAUACGGUCAGGAUUUUCCGCGUUAGCAUACAAUACUUGCCAGUGGAUGUGUCGACGCAAGUGUCUGGUACGUAUCUUGCGUUGUUGUGGACUCUGCUCUCACGACCUGUGCACCGCAUUCGCCUGCGCAUCGCGCAUGGCGUGAGUAAUGAUGGUACUUCAGGGGUGUCUGACCAACCGAAGCAUCCCAGGAAUAUCCCGCAGGGCCCCACACAUCUUCCCCACAGUCUUCAUGGUGGCAGAACUGUCACGGAGCUCCUUCCGUGAGCACCUCAUCUGAACCUUCACCCUGCUUCUGGAAGUACACAGAGUGUCGGUGAGUCUCCGUGGGCAUUCUGGGACGACAUGUGUGAACCAUUUUUUGCUAAUCUCGACUGCGGUAGCUCCUAUGUCUGUGGCCCAUUUGGCUUGUCUCUGUGCCAGGAGGUCGCGGGUUGUUAGGUCGGCGGCGCGGAUGGCC